ACUUUGAUGCUAACCUGUUGCUAACCAUGACUGCCCGAGCUGUCAUGGCUCCCGGCAACGCGAUGAAGGAAAGCGAAACAGACGAAGAAUAUCUCAUAUCUAUGGCAAGAAAUUGUCAGAAGCAUGAUCCGUAUUUUACAAAGUCUUGGAUUUUAACGGCAAAGAUGUUGUUUCCAGACAAUUUCGGAAUCCAAUAUGAAGCAUAUUGCUUGGCCAAGGACAAUUCGAACAUUAAGGAGGCUUCGAGCUACCUUGAGGAUAUGUUCAGAAAGUUCCUCACUGAACAUCGCCUCUGGGAAGAAGUCUACAAGAUUGCUAACGCUCUUCGAGCAGACUCGCUCGAUGCAGAAGGUGUUUUCUUGAGAGACAUGUUUUCCCAUCUACCAACAGCCUCACAGCAUGACAUCUUACUUUCAGUAGCAGAGCAUUGCAUGGACACUGCUGAGCAUUGCCGUCUGAUGCUUCUGCUCCUGCGGAAAUUCCCGGAGAAAGUUGUGGAACAUGGUGUGAAGCUGAUUGACACAUUGCAGAUGGCUGAAAAACAUGGUCACUGUCAAACUCCACUAAACCAGUUCAGGAAAUUGUUGGUUUGUGAUGUGGCACCACUUGUUUUGAAGCUUGGUGUAGACCUUCCCAUCAAACAAAUGUACAGACUUAUCCACAAGUGUAUAGAGUUCUAUACCGUGUACAUACAUGCACCGAACAAAGCCAAGCUCGACCUCUCUAUGAAGCUGAGCCCAGAGGCCGAGGCCGGCAGCCCCGAGGCCGACCUGUGGCGGCAGCUGCUGUCUUUCGUGGGCCUGGCCAGCCACAGGCUCCACUGGGAGCUGGCAGACCUGGUGUCGGAGCCCGGGUCGGCCGGCGUGUCAGACUCCCAGUGGCAGAGACUCCAUUCUUUGGUGCUGAGCAGGCCCAACCCUGGAGUGGACUACCCAGGUCCCCAGGAGGCAGAGGAGGCGCUGGCCAGCCGCCAAAAGCAGGUCUUCUACUGCACAGUUGUGCUCUUUCUUCAUGCACUCUACAACUACGGAAGGCACAUAAAUCCUUCAUGGUUCCCAGGAUCUUCGAGUGAAGUUCAGUGUAUUCUUUUGGAAGGAGCCAGGUGGACCAACGUGCCAACAGAUCAGCCAAAGCACAAGAAAAGAAAGCUGGAUGCUGAUGGGAAAGACAUGGAGCCUCCAACAUUGACAGUGAGCAAGUGCAUUCCUACAGAGGCAGCGGUAGUUCUCACCCAAAGCUUUCUAACUGCCAUCAGGUGCUGGUCGAUCCUGCAGUUUCUAAAGAAAGACCUGUCCCGGCUGUCACAACAGAUCCGCAUGGAAGAGUGGCCUUGGUUUCAGUCCUUUCUUGUAGAGUCUCUCAUCUACCAGGACCUUCACAAGGAAGCAAUUGCAAAACUGUACCAAGCUGCUGAAGUCACAAAGGAUCCAACAGUAAAGAUCAAGGUGAACCUACAGUUGGCAAGCUGCUUUCAUUCUCUGGGUGAAUUUUCAGCUGCCUGCUCCAAGCUCCUUGAUGUGGUCUGUUCGCUCCCUGAGACUUCUGUUGCUCCUCCCCCCGCCGCCUCUGCUUACCACCCAGCCGAAGCCCUACACAGGAAGUCCGAUCGCAAGCUUGUGUUUGCUUGCUACGACAGAGGAGAAAUUCUGCGUUUCUGCAUGAAGUCGCUAAUCACAUGCUUCAAGGAAAAGGUGUUGAUGCAGUUCACUAAAGACGACCUAGCCCUGGGGCACCUCAUCGUAAUGACCCAGUAUGACUGGCCCGAGGAAGAGCAGCUUUUCUUGAAACUCCUCGAGAUCAUCAAGAAGCAGGGCAGCUUUUGCUAUGGGCUGUUCUUUAACUACAUCAUCAAUGCGGACAUGCUUGAAGAAUUCAUGUACAUUACCACGAGCAACGGGGGUGGGGUCACUUUGGAUCUGUUGCCUACCUCCACCAGUCAGGUUGGGAGGCAGAGAGCAGUUACUCGAGGAGUGAACAAGGGUGCCAAGGAGGACCUGAAGCUGGCCAUGGAGAAGCAGAUGAUGCGCUGCGAGGACGACAUGGAACAGCUCGUGGUGCACUUCUUCAAGCAGGAGCGGGACUUGCUCCAGCAGCAGCUGUAGCACCUACCACCUCGGCAGGCCCUCUCGUCUCGUGCUGCACCCUUCGCUGCACCGCGACAGGUUGGAAACGCGGGCCAUGUGCAGCGUGCAGGUGCAGCACCCGCGCUCUGGGUGCUGUUCGAAUAAAAGCGGAAGGUAAACCAAA